GCAGUGACCGAGCCGCACGGAUACAGAAGAAUAUCGCGUCCCUACCGCCGUCAGCGUUCCUGCACCGAGCGGAUGAUCGCGUUAGUGUGGACCGACCCAGCACCGCUAGCGCCUCAGUGUUGCUCACUGUGUGUGUGAGCCGCUCUGAUCGGAUCCGAUCACCGGGCCGCCGCAGCUCCACAUCAGCGCCAUUUUUACACCCAUUUUAGAAUCAGAAUCUGAGUUUAGCGCAGAUUUUUUAGACGCGGAUGAAGAUUUUCGGGCUGUUCGUGUUGCGCUGGGUGAAAUGUGAGCUGCACUAGCGGUCUGUGCUUUACAUCAGUGACAGUAAAGCAGCUGUUAGCCUGUUAGCUACAUCUGCAAGUCAUUUAUCAGCGGAUCGUCGGAACACUAGUAAGCAGAUCUGCUCAUGAUAAGGACUGGAUAUGGAUCUGUCACAGGCUAUGGUUGACAUUCGGAAGAUCCGACCGGAUUGCAGUAAUCGGGGCUGUUAGAUGUCAAAGGUUUAGCUGUUAGCCGUUAGCUGGAUAUGUGUCGGAAGCACAGGAGCUAACGGUUUCGGUUUCGGACGCUGGAUUACUGGAUCUACUUUACCGGAUCUGCUCGUUUAAAUGAAGAUCACAUCAUCAAAGGGGGAGAGAGCUCAGCAUGCAAACCCUGGUCCGUUCGGCUUGCACGCUCUUAUUCUUUCAAUGCUGCUGGGCUUCACAUGGCUGCUCUGAUGCCUCAUUCACACCAGCAGUACAGUGACUGUCACCAGCACAGUGACCAGACACAAGCACAUACUGCCACCCAGAGGCACAUGCCCCAGUGUUUUCGUGACCCAGCUACAGCUCCUCUGAGAAAGCUCUCCAUUGACCUGAUCAAAACCUACAAACACAUUAAUGAGGUGUAUUAUGCAAAAAAGAAACGCCGGCAUCAACAGGGUCAUUGUGAGGACACCAGCCAUAAGAAAGAAAAGAAAGUCUUCAAUGAUGGCUUCGAUGAUGAGAACUUUGAUUACAUCGUUAAGAAUGGAGAGAAGUGGAUGGACCGUUAUGAAAUUGAUUCUCUAAUUGGAAAAGGGUCAUUUGGGCAGGUUGUGAAGGCCUAUGACCGGGCUGAGCAAGAGUGGGUAGCCAUAAAGAUCAUCAAGAACAAGAAGGCUUUCUUAAACCAAGCUCAGAUUGAAGUUCGGCUUCUGGAGCUCAUGAACAAACAUGACACUGAGAUGAAAUACUAUAUAGUUCAUCUGAAGCGACAGUUCAUGUUCCGGAAUCACCUUUGCUUAGUGUUUGAAAUGUUGUCCUACAACUUGUAUGACUUGUUACGAAACACAAACUUCAGAGGAGUUUCCUUGAACUUGACGCGGAAGUUUGCGCAGCAGCUGUGCACAGCGCUGCUGUUUCUCGCCACCCCAGAGCUCAGCAUCAUCCACUGUGACCUCAAGCCAGAGAACAUCCUAUUGUGUAAUCCCAAGAGAAGCGCCAUCAAAAUUGUGGACUUUGGGAGUUCCUGCCAGCUAGGACAGAGGAUCUAUCAGUAUAUCCAGAGUCGUUUCUACCGUUCACCUGAAGUGCUGUUGGGAAUGCCGUAUGAUCUGGCCAUAGACAUGUGGUCGCUGGGGUGUAUCCUGGUGGAAAUGCAUACAGGAGAGCCUCUGUUCAGUGGAGCUAACGAGGUGGACCAAAUGAACAAAAUUGUGGAGGUUCUUGGCAUCCCACCUAACCACAUAAUGGACCUAGCACCAAAAGCCAGAAAGUUUUUCGAGAAGUUGUCAGAUGGGACAUGGAGUGUAAAGAAGACCAAAGAUGGCAAAAGGUAUAAGGCCCCGGCGUCUCGAAAGCUACAUGUCAUUCUGGGAGUGGAGGCUGGUGGACCUGGCGGUCGAAGGACCGGUGAAUCCGGCCAUGCGGUGGCUGACUACCUGAAGUUUAAGGACCUUGUUCUCAGAAUGCUGGACUACGACCCGAAGACGAGGAUCCAGCCCUACUACGCGCUUCAGCACAGUUUCUUCAAGAAGACGGCUGAUGAAGGAACAAACACGAGCAGCAGCGUCUCUACGAGUCCGGCACUUGAGCAUUCGCAGUCCUCAGGGACCACGUCUAGUACAUCCUCAAGCUCAGGAGGAUCAUCUGGAACGAGCACGAGUGGAAGAGCGAGGUCUGACCCCACACACCACCAUCGACACAGCAGCGGGCACUUCAGCACAGCAAUGCCAACCAUAGACCGUGACAACCUCUGCCCUAAGACGAGACAGCCUUACCACCCUCCCGUCGUAUGGACCGACAACAUGGGCCCCGAACCUGUCGCUGUUGAGACACAUCCAGUGCAGGAGACGACCUUUCACGUGCCUCCGCAGCAUCCUAAAGCGUUACACCCUCAUCACCACCCUCAUCACCAGCACCAUCCCCACCAUCGCCACGGACAGAUCAUCACAGCAUUCCCACGCUCACGGCUCUACCACUCGCCCACUAACAGCGCCUCCACGCAGGACUCCAUGGAGGUCGGGCACGGCCACCUGUCCAUGACGUCGCUGUCUUCCUCCGCCUCCUCUUCCUCCACAUCUUCCUCUUCCACGGGAAACCACGGCCACCAGGCGUACCAGUUCCGCCAGGGGCCAGCCGCUGCUCUGGACUUCAGCCGAAAUGCAGGCUUGAGCAUGGGCUUGGGGGCCUUUUCUAAUCCGCGCCAAGAGACUGGCAUGGCUGGACAGCCGUCAUACCCCGUUCCCCCCAACGCAGGACAUUUGGGAAUCAGACAAGGCAUGGAUAAGGAAGAGUCUCCAUUGAGUGGAGUGUGCGUUCAGCCGAACUCCAUGACUGGUUCGUGACUAAGCUGAAAGCGGUUUGUUUUCUGUGUGCUUACUAUGAAUAUUUUUUCUAGGUGAUAUUUUUUUUGUUUCUCCUAUUUUUUAAAAAAGGUGCAUAGAGAACAAAAAAGCUGCUCACUCUUUAGGGGAAAUAUCACUGAAACGCUACAACUGAAGAGUAUUUAAAAUGUGUAUUACAAACCUUUUAUUCUUUUCUGUUCAGACACAUUAGUAACACUGCAAAAUGACCAUCGUAAAAAAUUGAGCCAGCCAUUCGUCAGUUCAUGCACUGCACACGGUACUGAUGUCUCAUCUGUUGUUUGUUCUAUUUGUGUGUGUGUGUGCGUGUGUUUCAGAGCCGAAAGCUGCCACACAACUCAACAUUAGGGCUGUCAAAUCACUUUUUCCAGUUCUAAAACUAUUUGCACAUUCAAAUGUGAAAAUUUUAAUCUGAAUGUUUCAAGAUCUUUGCCAGGAACCGUAUCAAGGCCCGGUCGUACCAGAACCUGCCAAAAUGGGGUGAAAAUUGUACACCGUUGUGGUUAUUAACCAUGAUUUAGUAUCUUGGUAUACCUAACUUAGGAUUUGGGAAUUACUCUAGUUUUACAAACUUAACAAAUAAAGACAAUUUAACCUCCCAAGAUUGACCUGAGUGGAGAAAACCCGGUCCUAUAGGUACCCUAACAUCACCUGUCCACAAAAACACAAUUACACUUUCUAAUUAAUUUAAUUAAGCUAAUCUAAACCAUAUCGCUACAUCAUUUGUAGCCAGGUCUGGUAAUAAUUGUAUUAUGAGGGUUCUUCAAAAAGUUUUCGCACUUUUUUUUAACUCUAUUUAUUAAGAAUUUCAAAAACUUCCAAUUAUUUUUCCCAACAUUGUACCAACUGUUUAAUGCCAUCAGCAAAAAAUGUGUUUGGUUGAGUGAGUAGCCACUGAUGCAGCACUGCUUUCACAUCAUCACCACAUGAAAAUCUUCUUCCCCUUAAAGCUUCUUUGAGUGUCCAAAAAGGUGGAAAUCAGAUAGAGCUAAAUCCGGACUACAAGGUCUCUCUCAGUCUCGCAGUCAGAUUACUGCUCCUCCCACCCUCAUCGAUUCCAAUGAAAAUAUAAAAGUGUGGAAACUUUUUGAAGAUCCUUCGUAAAUCUCAGACAUUUUUAUCAGCUGUGUAUUAGCAUGAAGUGCUGCACGUUUAGACAGGUCAGCUGGAGGUAAGCUCUGCAAUAUUGCUAAGGCAUGAUGAUGAUGAUGAGACUAGGCCUUCAGUCAGAAUCUCUACUGCGGCCAUGUUACACUCACAUGUCACAUGUCAAAUCUUUCAGUGGCGGUGAGUAACUUGGCAUAGCUAACCCUCAGUGGCGUAGCUAACCCUCAUCAUUGUACAUGUACACAGAAAUGUUAAGCUGCUAUAGAUAAUAAGCAACAAACUGUUUACCUUAGCAAACCUGUUCUUUGCCUCAGAUAACAUUUGCUGUUGUAGUUGAAUUUAGAGUUUCAUUCAUUCACCUGCUUCAUUUUUCCAGCCUCAGUGGCGGGUCUGAGCCAGUUCUUGACAUACUGGGCAUUCAGUGAAAUAAGAUCCAAGUACAACCCAGUUUGCUGCUUGUGUAUAAACGUGCAACCACUGAUAUAAACCAUUUUUCUCCAUAUUAUACUAACAUAAACUGAUGUCUGUACUAUAUUACCAAAAUAAACAGUUGUCCAUCCUCUAUUACAGAUGUUCAUGCAACGUUACUAAUGUACAGAUGUUUGUGCUAUGUUACUACUGUAAGCAGAUAUCCAUACUCUAAACACUAAUGUAAACAGAUUUCUGAAGUAUGUAACUACAUAACAGAUAUCUGUACUAUAUUAGUACUGUAAAUAGUCCUUACUACACAACUAGCAUAAACUGAUGGCUGUACUACGCUACUAGCAUAACUGAUUUCUGUACUACUUUAUUAGCCCAGACAGAUAUUUGUACUCCAUUUUUAUUAGUGUAGACAGAUGUGCGUACAAUGUUGUUAGCGCAACAGAUGUUUAAAUUAUGCUACUAGCGUAAACAGAUGUGUCUACUUUGCUAUGUCUAUAAUACAAAUGUAAACAGAGUGUAACAUGGGCCGUAAAGGAUUCGCAUCUACUUCAAUAGUGAUCAUAUUGGGCUAAUACUAAUUCCAGUGUGUUUUGAGUAAUUAAAAUUCGAAUUCAUUUGUAAGGGUAUUUGACAGCCCUAAUCUUCAUGUAAAGCAAUGCAGAGAACACAUUCAGUUCAAACCGUAAUUUUUUACACUUGUUGGUUUAUUUACCCUUUAGGUAAAAGCUCCUAAAAGUGUUUUUAAAGCUGUAGCGUGUUGAGAAAGCAGUACUCGCAGUGAACUUGGUGUCGUCUGUAAUGUGUAACUGUUAGAGGGGGCACGAGGAAGCGGCGCUCCAGAUAAGUCUGUGCUUUCACUAUGUGUUAAUGCCAGUUAUGGAGAAGAUGCACUGAAUGGGGUUAGAUCCAGAAUUAUCGGGGUUUCAGUCAAGAAUCUUAUCAGCCUUAUGAUUUAUGGACAUUUAAAUAAGAAGUUUAAUAUCGCUGUUGGAGUAAAGUUGGCUUUCCUCUUUUUAGUUCACUAACUGUAAAGAGGAACACUGGCUAGAGUAAAAAAAAAGGAAUUUAGAGGUUAUUAAGAGGCCUUUAUUAAACAGAGGGACUUCAUGGAAUCGCAUUUACAGGGUCAAGUAUUUUAAACGUGACUUCCUAUCAUUCUUUUUGGUUAUUCUUUCUGAAAAGUCGCCCCUUUUGGUUUGGUAUUAUUUAUAGUUUUCUUUUGAUUGGAUGGUUUCCAUUUAAAUUUACCGCUACACCAUUAAGUACUGAUACAUAUUAUGUACUGAAAUUUGUGACUGCCUUUCUCACUUCAAUUAUGCUGUGAAUUUUACAUUUUGGUUUCGUUUUUUAGUUUUUUUAUAUACCAAAGUAAUUGUGUUUUAUAGUUCUGUGAACAAUAAUGUAGCAGUUCACCACUUUAGCGCAUUGUAUUAAACGAUCGAUUUUGUCCAAAAACUUGGGACAUCUUAAUGCAGAUUUAAUCCAUUUUCAUUUGGAUAUGCGUCCACAUUUAUUUUGGGAGUGACACGGCUGCUCUGCAGGAUCCAGAGCCGCUUAUUGAUCUGUGAAAGCUAACAGAAGGAAAAGUUAUUCGUUUUCUACUGAACCUAGUCAGUCGGUGGGUAACGCUGCCUAUUUUUUAUUUACUUACUUUGGAUAAUGUGCAAAUUUCUAUGUUUCUAAGUAGCGUAGCUACUCCAGUUGAAAUCUGGCAGUCUACUGUAGCUACACUUAGCUUUUCAGUAACCAGAAGUUCACUUCGUCGAUCAUUUUGUUUGGUGCUUGUUUCCCAUGUGCUUGUUUAAAAGGAAUCAGGACAUGGUUUGGAGGCUGCAUGGGCACAUUAGAAUUCUCUGCGCACAUGCAUGUUUUUAAGAGGAUCAGUGUUUUUAAAGACAGUUUAAAGUCACAGAAGCAAUUGCUAUUAGUUGUGUAAGCAGUCUCACCCAGACUUUACAGUAGACCAGGUUGUGAAGUGUUCACCGCCUGUGCCCACACUUUGCAUUGGAUAUCAACCAAGACCCACACUUUGUUUAUUACCUCUCUAUCACUAGUGUUCUCUCAAAACUCACAAGACGCUAUCCUACCUGAACGUGGUGUUUAUUAUGCUGAAGGAUUAAACCGAAUCAUAUUUGAUAUAUUUACAUAUCCCGAAAAGAGUAUUAGUGAUGAGAAAAUGUUUAUCUAAAUGUUUAAUUGCUUUUAAAAAUAGUUUUUAUAAAUGACACAAUUUGAGAGGGGGUCGGACACAGCAGUUUGCUGAACUCAGAACAUUCCAAAUAAAAAAAUUAAAAACUAAACAUUUCAAGCAUU